UGACGGCAGUUAUCCGCGAACUCUCACAACGGUCUCAUGUCAGUCGCACGCAUUGGCGCCAAACGAAACGUCAAAUCGAUUAAAGUUUGAAAUUGGAAUUCGAAAAAAAAAAAUUAACGCACGUUCGGAAAUUUAAUUUUAUGUGACAAAGUGGUAAUUAAAAAAGUUAACAAGCUUCAAAGUUCAGUGCUAGUUUUUGUUGGAUGCAUUGUCGGCAUGUGCAUUGCCGAAUGUGGUGAUAUUUUAAUCGAGUUUUCGCCACAAGGCUCCAACGCCCAGUAUCCGUGCAAGGCGUGAUGGAGCACGCUUUACAACACCGCGAGCGUGUCGGCGUGCAGGAUUUCGUCCUGCUUGAAGACUACCGGUCGGAGGCCGCGUUCAUAGACAAUUUGAGGAAGCGGUUCAGUGAAAAUAUUAUCUAUACAUACAUCGGCAACGUACUAAUAUCCGUGAACCCGUACAAGCCUCUCCCGAUCUACACAGAAGAGAAGACCAAGCUCUACUACAAGAAAGCCUUCUUUGAAGCGCCACCUCACGUAUUCGCGAUCGCUGACAACGCGUACCGCUCUCUUGUUUACGAGCAUCGUGAACAAUGUAUUCUGAUCUCAGGAGAAUCCGGUUCCGGCAAAACGGAAGCAUCAAAGAAAGUUCUAGAAUACAUAGCAGCCAGAACGAACCAUUUACAGAGCGUGGAAAAUGUCAAAGACAAACUGCUUCAAAGCAAUCCUUUGCUCGAAGCGUUUGGAAACGCUAAAACCCAUAGAAAUGAUAAUUCCAGUCGUUUUGGAAAAUAUAUGGACAUUCAGUUUAAUUACGAAGGUGCUCCAGAAGGAGGGCAUAUAUUGAAUUAUCUCCUGGAAAAGUCCAGGGUUGUGAGCCAGAUGUCUGGGGAGAGGAAUUUCCACAUUUUCUACCAGUUGCUGGCUGGAGCCGGUCCGGAGUUGUUACAGCAGUUGAAACUACAGGGCAGACCGGAGAUGUAUAAAUAUACUACGGAUGUUGUAUCAGGCACCCAAAAGUUAAAUGACGCAGAACAAUUCAGAGCAGUACUAGAAGCAAUGAAAGUUAUUGAAAUAUCUGCUGAAGAACAAAAAGAAAUCUUCGAGAUUGUUGCCAGUGUGUUACAUCUCGGUAAUGUGAAAUUUGUGCAGAAUGAAAAGGGAUACGCUGAGAUAUUGAAUCAUGAUGCGAAUAGUGGAAAUGUGGCUAGUCUCCUCAAAGUAGACCAAACGAAACUUCGUGAAGCCCUCACAAGCAGAACAAUAGACGCCCGUGGUGAUGUGGUCAACACUCCAUUAGAUUUGGAACAAGCGCAAUACGCUAGAGAUGCUUUAGCCAAAGCCAUAUAUGAGAAGCACUUUAGUUGGCUGGUCUCUAGGCUUAAUUCUUCUCUAGCACCUAGGGAUAAAGAGCCUAAUUCGUCUGUUAUGGGCAUUCUGGAUAUCUAUGGAUUUGAAAUCUUCCCGAAAAAUAGUUUCGAGCAGUUCUGCAUCAACUUCUGUAACGAAAAGCUGCAGCAGUUGUUCAUCCAGUUGACAUUGAAGCAGGAACAAGAGGAAUAUCUCCGUGAGGGUAUAGAGUGGGAGCCCGUGGAGUACUUCAAUAAUAUUGUUAUCUGUGAUCUUAUUGAAGCUAGACAUCAAGGUAUUAUUUCAAUAUUGGACGACGAGUGUCUGCGUCCAGGAGACGCAUCAGACCUCAGUUUCCUGGAGAAGCUAAGCCAGAAACUUGACGGCCAUGCGCAUUACAAGUCACACAGGAAGGUCGAUGUUAAAACGCAAAAACUUAUGGGCAGAGAUGAAUUCUGUCUCGUCCAUUACGCUGGUGAAGUGACAUACAACGUGAACACGUUUUUGGAGAAAAACAACGACUUACUGUUCCGAGACUUGCAAGGGCUUAUGGCGGCGUGUGGUAAUACCACUCUUGGGACUUGCUUUAAGGCACUAAACCUCUCGAGCAAGAAACGUCCCGAGACCGCGAUCACACAGUUCAAGAUCUCUCUCAACGAACUUAUCAAGAUUCUAAGUAGCAAGGAACCUUCCUACAUUAGGUGCAUCAAGCCGAAUGACUUCAAAAUGCCAAUGCAAUUCGACGACAAGCUCGUUUCCCACCAAGUGAAAUACCUCGGUCUAAUGGAGAACUUACGUGUGCGGCGCGCCGGCUUCGCGUACAGACGGACUUAUGAAGCUUUCCUUGAACGUUACAAGUGCCUAAGCAAAGAAACAUGGCCGAACUACCGUGGACCAGCGCGUGAUGGAGUACAGAAGUUGGUUGAAGCACUUCAAUACCAAAGAGAAGAUUAUCGUAUGGGCAAUACAAAAAUCUUCAUCCGCUUCCCUAAAACCCUAUUCGAAACGGAAGACGCGUUCCAAAUAAAGAAGAACGACAUAGCAACAAUCAUCCAAAGCCGAUGGAGAGGAUACUGGCAGAGGAAACAAUACCUCAAGAUGAGGGAAUCUGCUAUUAUUAUACAGAAAUGGGUUAGAAGAUAUCUGGCGCAGAGGCUCAGGGAGAGGAGGAGGAAGGCUGCUGACGUCAUCAGAGCUUUUAUCAAAGGUUUCAUAACCCGCAACGGUCCUGAAACGCCCGAAAACCGUCGUUUCCUCGCCAUCGCUAAAGUCCACUGGCUCAAACGCCUCGCCACAAUGUUACCGACCAAACUCCUCGAUCUCUCCUGGCCCACUUGCCCCGCGACCUGUGUGACCGCAUCACAAGAGUUGCAGCGGUUACACAGAGCCCAUCUAGCUAGGAAGUACCGUUUAGCACUUAGUGCGACGGAUAAGAAGCAGUUUGAACUGAAGGUGCUGGCGGAGAAGAUGUUUAAGGGCAAUAAGAACAGUUAUCCAAGCAGUGUAGCCGAACGCUUCGUAGAAGACCGUCUUUCCGCUGAACAUCGUGUACUGCGGGAUACUUUCAUGGCCUCACCUUCUUGGCCUACUGGCGAACAGCUUAUUUACUCCUGCGAAGCGGUCAAGUACGAUCGUCGCGGAUACAAGCCUCGUGAACGGGCGUUACUUGCUUCUGAUAAAGCAUUAUAUGUAUUGGAUGCAUCUGGUCGAAAAACAUACAAACUGAAACAUCGUCUGCCGUUGGACAAAUUGAGGGUAGUCGUCACCAACGAAACGGAUGGACUCAUUUUGAUUAAGAUACCGCAAGAGCUGAAGAAGGAUAAGGGAGAUCUCAUUAUUUCGGUGUCGCACGUGAUCGAAGCUCUGACGAUCGUCACAGACUACACCAAGAAACCGGAACUGAUUGAAAUCGUUGACACUAGGACCAUAGCCCACAACCUAGUGAACGGCAAGCAAGGCGGCACCAUCGAAGUGACGCACGGCCCGCAGCCCGCCAUACAACGCGCUAAGAGCGGGAACUUGCUUGUUGUGGCUGCGACUCCCUAAACCAGUAUUUAAAA